AUGGUGAAAGACCUCUCUAUACGCAUGAAAAGAGAAGUUAGAGAAUGGAAUCUUCAAAUCAUAACCACGAUAGUUUUCUUCUUGUCAAUGGCAUCCUUAGUGAUUGUUCUUGGACUCUUCAUCAACAAUCACGUUAAGAAGUUCUUGGCGUCUGAAGAACUUUAUUUCCCUGAACCGCCUGCAUCAUCAUCUGUUUGUUCAAACAGAAGUAUCAAUCUAGAAGAUUUUAUAGCUCCCAAGGAUAUGCUGCAUUGGACGAGCGAUAAGGAGCUAUUCUGGCUAGCGUCAAUGGUGCCGCGCAUCUCUGAGUUCCCUUACAAUCACACACGUAAGGUGGCUUUCAUGUUCUUAUGCAGGGGAAGAUUGCCAUUGGCACCACUAUGGGAAAUGUUCUUCAAGGGGCAUGAAGGUCUUUACUCAAUCUACCUUCAUACAUCGCCAGAAUUCUCCGAAGAGCCCCCAGAAUCCUCUGUAUUUCACAAGCGUAGGAUUCCAAGCAAGGCAGUUCAAUGGGGAAAGGCAUCGAUGAUCGACGCUGAAAGGAGGUUAUUAGCCAACGCCUUGCUCGACUUCUCCAAUGAAAGAUUUGUUUUACUCUCUGAGACAUGCAUUCCUCUGUUCAACUUCACUACAAUCUACAACUACCUAAUCCAAUCUAACCUCAGCUUCGUUGGCUCAUUCGACGAUCCAAGACACAUAGGUCGUGGCAGAUACAACAAGCGAAUGUUUCCAACCGUGUCAUUAUCCGAUUGGCGUAAGGGCAACCAGUGGUUUGAAAUCCACCGGAAGAUCGCCAUCGAAGUAGUAUCAGAUGUGAAACUCUACCCUGUGUUCAACCACCAUUGCAAGGCUCCAUGUUACAUGGAUGAGCAUUACUUGCCAACUCUUGUGACCAAAAUAUACCCUGCAAUGAACUCUAAUAGAAGUAUUACUUGGGUGGAUUGGUCUAGAGGAGGCUCACAUCCAACCAAGUUUUUGAGAAAAGAUGUUUCAGAAGAAUUUAUGAACAGAAUUAGGUAUGGUUUUAAUUGUACAUAUAAUGGUGGGUUGAGCAAUGUUUGCUUUCUUUUUGCAAGGAAAUUUCAUCCCAACACACUCGAGCCUUUGCUAAGGUUAGCUGCAACACUUUUUGGCUUUGAUCCUUGA